AAGACAGCGAGCGACGUGAUUGCUUGGUUUUGAAAGACUGAAGCGCCGCGGCCAAUUCGAAAAGAAUGCACCCACUCAGUACUGUAACGUAGCUGACUGCAAGAGAGCCACCCGAACACGCAUUCACCUAGCUAGUUAACUUAGCUACAGUCAAGUUACACAACGAUAUUGGAAGCAAACCUAGCCUGUUUUUUUCAAGGGAACAAUGGAAGAUUACGUGAAAAUAGAGAAAAUCGGAGAGGGUACCUAUGGGGUUGUGUACAAAGGCAGACACAAGUCGACAGGCCAGGUGGUGGCAAUGAAGAAGAUCCGUCUGGAGAGUGAGGAGGAGGGAGUGCCAAGCACGGCUGUUAGAGAGAUCUCUCUUCUCAAAGAGCUAGCGCACCCUAAUGUUGUACAGCUUCUAGAUGUGCUGAUGCAGGAGUCCAGACUGUACCUCAUCUUUGAGUUCCUGUCCAUGGACCUGAAGAAAUACCUAGACUCUAUCCCCUCGGGCCAGUACAUGGACCCCAUGCUUGUGAAGAGCUAUCUGUACCAGAUCUUGGAAGGCAUCCUGUUCUGCCACUGUAGAAGGGUCCUCCACAGAGACCUGAAACCCCAGAACCUGCUGAUUGACAACAAGGGAGUGAUCAAGCUGGCAGACUUUGGGUUGGCCAGGGCUUUCGGGGUGCCAGUCCGGGUAUAUACCCACGAGGUUGUGACACUGUGGUACAGGGCUCCUGAGGUGCUGCUGGGGGCCCCACGGUACUCCACCCCUGUGGAUGUCUGGAGUAUCGGGACCAUCUUUGCAGAGUUGGCCACAAAGAAACCACUUUUCCACGGAGACUCAGAGAUAGACCAGCUUUUCAGGAUCUUCAGGACCCUUGGUACUCCCAACAAUGACAUCUGGCCAGAGGUGGAGUCUCUGCCUGACUACAAGAACACGUUCCCCAAGUGGAAGUCUGGGAACCUGUCUUCCAUGGUGAAGAACCUGGACAAGAACGGCAUUGAUCUGCUCGCUAAAACGCUAAUCUAUGACCCACCCAAGAGGAUCUCUGCCAGACAGGCUAUGAGCCAUCCAUACUUUGACGACCUGGACAAAACCACUCUACCUGCCAGCACGGUCAAGAUGUAAACGCCACACAGCUCGACUCAAAGGACCUGAAAAAUAGUACAAUUAUGGAAGCAUAUUGAUCGUCUGGUUUUGUUUGUAUGUUUGUUUUUUCUUUGUUUGUCCUUUUUCUAUCUACCGGUGAUAUUAAUCAUUAUUCUGUAAAUAGCGUUUAAAAAAAACGAAACCGGUUUGGAUCUGAAGUGACAUGUGCUAAAGGUUACAUUCAAAAGUAGUAUAUUUUCAAUAAAGUGUGCUUUUCUAGAUCCGUUA